AUGAAGUUGACAAGGCUAAUGCUGGUUUUCCUAUGUCUGGGGCUUUUCGUUACCCUGGUUGUGAGUGCCGAUACGGAUACAGAUACGGAUACGGAUACGGAUUCGGACACCGAUGCUGAUGACGAUGACAGUUCUACAACGGAGGUCAGUUCCACGGAGAGUUCUGCAGAAGAUGGUAGUAGUAGCGAUGUGGAUGAUGGAUCUUCUGAUGAUUCCGACACAGAUUCCGAUACAGAUACCGACACAGAUGACGAUGCAGAUGACGAUUCGGACGUCGAGACCACAACAGCAGCUCCAGUGGUGAAAAAGAAGAAGACCAGCAACAAGAAGAAGGCCAACAGCACUAAGAAGAAGGCCAACAAGAACAAGAAGAAGGCCCAGAAAAAGAAGAAGGCCAAAAACAAUCGCAGGAAGAAGAACAACAACAGGAAGAAGGUAACGAACAACAACAGGCGCAAAAACAACAACAGAAGACGUGGUUAG